CUGUUUACGAAGGGAGCAAGCUGCGCUAUACAAUUCAAUAAAGCAAAGACAGAGCUUAUUUACUUUAUAACAAGCAACAAAGCAAUAAGCUCUUGUCGCAGCAAGGAUCGAGACAGGUCUACUUUAGAGCCUAAAAAGACUGUAAAGUGGCUAGGAAUCUACUUUAACAACGCACUCUCCUUUAAAGAACACGCAGCUACAAGGAUUAGCCAAGCAAGAAACGCUUUCUACAGAAUGUGCAGACUUGCAAACAGCAAUAGAGGCCUCCCUCCUUGCGCUGUAAGACAGCUAUACUUAGCAUGUGUUUCUAGCAUUGCAGACUAUAGUUGCUGGGUCUUCUAG